AUGUUGGUCUCCAGAUCCAGAGGUCCAGGAAUUCGGCUCCUGCUGCUCUCGCUUCUUCUCCUCGCAAUUUGGGAAAAGGGGAGCGGCCAGCUCCACUACUCGGUCCCGGAGGAGGCCAAACACGGCACCUUCGUGGGCCGCAUCGCGCAGGAUCUGGGGCUGGAGCUGGAAGACCUGGUGCCCCGCCUGUUCCGGGUGGCGUCCAAGGGCCGCGCGGACCUUCUGGAGGUAAAUCUGCAGAAUGGCAUUUUGUUUGUGAAUUCCCGGAUCGACCGGGAGGAGCUGUGCGGGCGGAGCGCGAAGUGUGGCAUCCCCCUGGAGGUGAUCGUGGAGCGGCCGCUGCAGGUUUUCCAUGUGGACGUGGAGGUGAAGGACAUUAACGACAACCCGCCGGUGUUCUCCGUAACAGAACAAAGGCUCUCAAUACCCGAAUCCAGACUGCUGGACUCUAGAUUUCCGCUAGAAGGCGCAUCUGAUGCGGAUGUUGGAGAGAACGCAAUGCUUACUUACAAACUCAGUCCAAAUGAUUUUUUCAUUCUUGAUAUUAUCAACAAAAAGGAUAAAGGCAAAUUCCCAGUACUUGUCCUGCGAAAAUUGCUAAACCGUGAAGAAAACCCUCAGUUUAAGUUGUUACUGACAGCAACUGAUGGAGGCAAACCCGAAUUCACCGGAUCUGUUUCUUUAUUAAUCCAGGUGUUGGAUGCCAACGAUAACGCCCCCAUGUUUGACAGAUCAGUUUACGAAGUUAAGAUGUAUGAAAACGAGGCGAACCAGACAUUAGUAAUACAGCUAAACGCCUCUGAUGCAGAUGAAGGGAUAAACAAGGAAAUGACAUAUUCAUUUAGCUUGUUGGUCCCACCCAUCAUUAGAAGAAAAUUUCUAAUAAAUGAAAGGACAGGAGAAAUAAAAAUUAAUGAUGCUAUUGAUUUUGAAGACACUAACACUUAUGAAAUUCAUAUAGAUGUUACAGAUAAAGGGACUCCACCUAUGGUUGGCCACUGCACGGUUCUCGUGGAAAUUCUGGAUGAAAAUGAUAAUUCUCCUGAGAUAGAUAUCACUUCUUUGUCUCUCCCAGUGAAAGAGGAUGCUCAGAUGGGCACCGUCAUCGCACUAAUCAGCGUGUCAGACAAAGACUCUGGUGUCAACGGGCAGGUGACCUGCUCCCUGACGCCUCAUGUCCCCUUCAAGCUGGUGUCCACCUUCAAGAAUUACUACUCGCUGGUGCUGGACAGCGCCCUGGACAGAGAGAGCAUUUCUGACUACACCGUGGUGGUGACAGCGCGGGACGGGGGCUCGCCUUCGCUCUGGGCCACCGCCAGCGUGUCGGUGGCGGUGGCGGAUGUAAAUGACAACGCCCCAAUGUUUGAUAAAGCUGUCUAUAAUGUGAAAGUACUGGAAAAUGCAAGAAACGGUACACCAGUUAUUAGACUUAAUGCUUCGGAUUUGGAUGAGGGUUCAAACAGCCACAUUGUUUAUUCCUUCGCAAAGGCAGUUGACAAAGGCAAUCCGCCAAUGGUUGGUCACUGUACAAUCCUGGUAGAAGUCUUGGACAUCAAUGAUAAUGCCCCAGAGUUAGUAGUAACGUCUCUAUCACUUCCUGUUCGAGAGGAUGCACCAGUGGGGACCGUCAUCGCCCUAAUCAGUGUAACCGAUCCUGACUCCAGUGCCAACGGGCAGGUGACCUGCUCCCUGACUCCAAACGUCCCCUUCAAGCUGGUGUCCACCUUCAAGAAUUACUACUCGCUGGUGCUGGACAGCGCCCUGGACAGAGAGAGCAUUUCUGACUACACCGUGGUGGUGACAGCGCGGGACGGGGGCUCGCCUUCGCUCUGGGCCACCGCCAGCGUGUCGGUGGAGGUGGCCGACGUGAACGACAACGCGCCGCUGUUCGCGCAGCCCGAGUACACGGUGUUCGUGAAGGAGAACAAACCCCUGCUGGUGCUCACGCUGCUGCUGUACACGGCGCUGCGGUGCUCGGCGCCGCCCCCAGAGGGCGCUUGCGGGCCUGGGAAGCCGACGCUGGUGUGCUCCAGCGCGGUGGGGAGCUGGUCUUACUCUCAGCAGAGGAGGAGUCAGAGAGUGUGCUCUGGGGAGGGGCCUCCCAAGACUGACCUCAUGGCCUUCAGCCCUUGUCUUCCUUCUGGUUCAGGUCCUGGAGAUAGUGGAACUCAACAGGAGAUUUUCGAGAAUGCUGUGUGGGAAUACAUUAGAGUAGAACAACUCACACUUCUUCGAGCUUUGAGCUUAAGAGAAUCUUCCAUAUCAGUGGUGCUGCUGUCAGCGUUCACCAAACUACGUGGUCUUCAAAAUGACAUUGCUUUCCAAGAGCUGAUUAUCGUCCUCACUAGUUUUAAUGAAUACCAUAUAAAGAUGGACCAGAAGAUGGCAUAA